AUGCGUCAAGGAGGAGGAGGAGGCGAGAGAAUGGUAUCUGUCCUAUUCUUAUUGCUAAUACAUUUGGCAUUGUGCCAAGCAAAAUGUGUGAUGACGGAAUGUGACGGAGAGGAGGAUAGCAACCAUCCACCAUGCAAGACUAACAAGUCAACAUAUCUACCAAUCACCGUGACACGGUCUCUAAAUCCAACUUAUAUGGCUCGAUUCGAAAAGUACUGCUCGUAUCUUGUACAGGAAGAGGAUAAAGCUCAAGUCUGCUGUACAGAACUGCAAUUAAAAGGAAUGACUGAUCGAAUUUCUAAUGCUGCUACAAUCCUUGGAUCUUGUCCCAGUUGCUUCGACAAUUUUGCAAAACUCUGGUGUCAAUUCACUUGUUCCCCAGAUCAAUCAAAAUUCAUGAAGGUAAUGGAAACGACUGGUCCGAAAAAUGUCGUGGUUAAAAUGGAGUUCAAAGUGAAUCGAGAUUUUGUGGAGGGAUUGUACGAGUCAUGCCGUCAUACGUGGUUUGCCAAUGGACUUGCUCUUCGAUUGAUGUCUCUUGGUGGAAAAGUCUCUUUUGAAAACUUUUAUGGAUUUAUGGGAACGAAGAAUCUUGCACAGAGUAUUCCAAUAAACACCGAGUUUCAGUUUUCUCGAAUGAAAAACGCAAUGAAUAUUCCAACAACACCAUGUCACAAAUCAGCUGGCCCCAAAGUUCCAGCUUGUGGAGCUAUUGAUUGUCCAACAAAUGCCCAUCAACUUGUAGAUAUCUCCAAAGUUGAACAUCUCGGAACGAAAGUGUUCCAUCCUCACUUCCCAGACUUUGAAUGGUUACUGAAAAUCUGCGGAUGCCUCGCACUUACAGUCCUCCUGGUCUUCAUUCUUAAAUAUUCUUGUCAUAGACGAUCAGCGCCUAAUGGUGAAGAUGGAUGUUACGUGGAUUUGGGAAAAGGAAAUUUGGAAGUUCAAUUUGAAGGACUUUGUGCUCGAUAUGCAAAUGCUGUAAUUAAACAUCCAUUGAUAUUUGUUUCACUUGGACUUAUUGUAGCUGCAGCUUGUUGCUCUGGAAAUUUCAAAUUUCACAGUCUCACGCAUUCAGUUGAUCAAGUUUCGGCUGCCGAUGGAGAAACUAGACGGAACGAGAAAAAAUUCAUCCAUUCUUUCGGACCUAAUCAUCGAAUUGAGCAAAUAUUCAUCAACUUACCACCUACCACUAAGUCUAUGUUCAACAUGCCACUUUUUGAAGAAAUGUUCCAAUUGGUUGGGAAUAUUCAGAAUUUGACAGCUUGCUAUGGGAAUUCGUCAGUGAAGCUUGAUGAUAUAUGCUACAAACCUAUCGGAAAAAAUCACGGGUGUGCAAUUAUGAGCCCAACCAACUAUUUCCAGAACAAGUGGACCAAUUUCGAAAACGCGGGACCUCCAACUAUUGAUGAUGAGAUCUUUGAUGAUCAACACUGGGAACAUUUGAAGUACUGUAUAAGAAAUCCUCUUACCGUAUCCACAUACUCUGAAAUGUCAUGUUUCGGAGAGUUUUCUGGGCCUAUCGAUCCGAUUCUAGUGUUUGGUGGAAGUAAUGAAAGUAUCAAGGGUGCUGAAAUGUACUACACCGCUCGGACUAUUAUGAUAACGGUUUUAAUCAGAGGCCCAGAAGAUCAAGCUAUAGCCUGGGAAACUGCGUUUCUAAACAUGAUGAGUCGUUAUGAAAUGAAACACGCAAAUUUUACAUUCAUGACAGAAACGUCUGUUGCGGAAGAAAUUCAUACUGCUGUGGAGACUGAUAAAAUUGUGUCUGUGAUUGCAUGUGCUGCUGUUCUUAUAUGGGUUAUUACAAUGCUUGGAAUUAAUCAUUGGCCAGAGUCAUCCAUAUUGUCAGCUCUAGUUCAUCACAAGCUACUCAUUUCGAUAUCAGCUGUUAUGAUCAGUGUGAUCAGUGUUUGGUGCUCGAUUGGUAUGUUCUCGCUCUUUGGUGUCCAUGCAACAGAUAAUGCAAUUGUUGUUUUAUUCUUUGUCAUCACUUGUCUUGGAAUCAAUCGAAUCUUUGUCAUUAUCAGAACAUUUCAAGCCAAUGGUCACUGCUACGGACUUCCGAAUAUCUCAUAUCGAGAAAUGAAUCACAGAAUUUCAAAUGUAAUGCGUCGAAGUAUUCCAAUUGUUCUAACAAACUCCCUUAUCUGUUCAACAUGCCUUUUCUUAGCCGGAGGUGUUCUUCCAUAUGUAUCUGUCAGCAUGCCAGCAGUUGAAGUAUUUGCAAGACAUGCUGGGUUGGCAAUUCUUAUGGAUACUGCAUUCUAUCUCCUUGUAAUGCUACCACUAUUUCAAUAUGAUGCGAGAAGAGAAAUGUCUGGAAAAUGUGAAAUCUGGCCGUGGUACGAGCUAUCAAACGAGUCAAAAAUUAAUCUAUGCAUGGAAGCAGUUGAUGGAAAUCUUCGAAGCCCAGUGGAUUGGUUCAAGCUUGCGAUCGCCCCUUUAUUGCUCAAAAAGAUUUGUAGAAUUUGGAUAGCUACAUUCUUCUUUGUUUCCCUAAUUAUAGCAUGCUACUGUACUCUGUGCCUCGAAUUUGGUUUCAAUCAAGUUAUGGCUUUUUCAGAGACAAGUUAUCUGACAAAACAUUUCCAAAAUAUGAAUGAGAAUUUGAACAUUGGGCCUCCGUUAUGGUUUGUUGUAGAAGGUGAUGUCAAAUGGCAUGAUCCGAAAAUGCAGAACAAGUUUUGUACAUUAGCCGGAUGUGAUGAUAAUUCAAUGGGAAAUAAGAUCCGAUCAUUGGCAUACGCUGAGAACUACAAAGGAAACUAUCUACACGGCGAUGUAAAUAUUUGGCUGGAUUCAUAUCUUCAGUUCAUGCAUCCUCGAGGUUCAUGCUGCAAAAUGGAUGGAAAACAAUUUUGUGACCCAUCAAACGCAACACAUUGCUCAUCUUGCUCGUCGAGCAGCGUAGCUUCAUUGACAACUACAGAAUAUGAGUUCUACCGUAAUUUGCAUCACUUCUUGGAGACUCCUCCAUCAAUCCAAUGUGCUCAUGGUGGAAUGGCUCUGGCAAAACCAGCGAUCAAUUUGACAAGAAAUGGAAAAAUUCAAUCUGCCUAUUUUUCAACAUUUUUCAAAAAGUUGAAUCUCUCGGACUCUAUUCAGCUGUACGAUGCCUGGAGAUUCGCGAAAUACCUAGCAGACGACAUUGAACGUGAACUGGAAAUUCCUGGUGUGAAAGUCUACGUGUACAGUACCUUCUUCCCUUAUUACGAACAAUAUCUGACUCUGAGCACAACUGUAUAUACUCUUGUAGUUCUGGUUCUUUUUGUUGCUUUCGUCACGAUUUCCCUAUUUUUACGCGUUAAUUUGGCUGGAAGUUUAGUCACUGUAUUUGUACUCCUCUCAUCAUAUCUUCACUUGAUGGAAUGGAUGUAUCUACUCGGAAUCACAGUGAAUGUAGUAUCAGUUAUCAAUAUGGCAAUGUCUCUUGGAAUCGCUGUUGAGUUUUUUGGGCAAAUGCUACAUGGAUUCUAUAACUCAAAAAAACCGAAAAGGGAAGAAAGAGCAUUCGCUGCACUUGUCAGUAAUGGAUCUACGACAUUGUCCGGAAUCUUCCCUGCUAUCAUGAUCACCGCUGGAUGUCUUUCAUUUGCUGAUUCUCGUGUGCUCAUCACAUACUUCUGCAAUCAACUUGUUGGAAUUGGUCUUGUUUGUGCAGUUCAUGGAGUUGUUUACAUGCCAACACUUUUGGCAAUUUUCGGAUCGGAUUUCUAUCAGAAUGUGAGCAGUGAAGAAGAAUCAACCGAUGAAGCAGAACUGCAGGAUACUCCUCCAUCGACCACAUCAAGUACUUCCAGCACUUCUGAAACAUCUGUCUGAUUCCUUUCAUUCUCUUUUGUACAUUUUCUAAUCAUUCCCGUAUAGAAUGAUCUCUAUGUUCGUUUACAAUGUGUAUGAAUCCCUCUGAAUCAUAUUUAUAAUAAAAUGUGUUCUAUG